UGAAGGUAAAGACAGCCGGAGCGGUCUAGUUCUACACAAGUGUCUCUCCCUGCCAACUGUUUUCAGGGUCAAACCUUUAUUAUCUGACCUUUCGGUAUUUGCGAAGCAACCGGGACGCGUUUCACGGCGGUACCCGGUCCACCCAGCUCGCGGGUUUCCGUGUGUUCAGUGAAUCAGCGGUAGGACAGUUGUGCCAUGGCAUAGCGCGAGAGGGCUUUUCCUCUAUCAAGCCAACGUUGCAGGUGACGGACUCCUGUGAAGCCCGGGGAUGAAUGGCUACGACGAGCACACCCUCUCCUCCAACAUGUUUGGCUCAUACAGCUCUCAACUGAACGGCCAUGGCUCACAUUCUCCUGAGCCCCCACACAAUAAAGCCAAUAAAGCCAAGUCCAGUGCCAAAAACCUGUACGAGCAGAGAAAACACUACACCAAAAACAGCAUCAACAGUCUGACGGACACGUCGCAGUAUCACGUGGAGCACCUGACGACCUUCGUGCUGGACCGCAAGGACGGCAUGAUCACCAUCGAGGACGGCGUCCGGAGGCUGCGCCUGCUGGACGCCAAGGGUAAGGUGUGGACGCAGGACAUGCUGCUGCAGGUGGAAGAGAAGGCCGUCAGCCUCAUCGACCAGGAGACCAAGAACGAGUUGGAGAAUUUCCCCAUUGGGACCAUCCAGCACUGCCAGUCGGUGAUGAACGCCUGCAGCUACGACUCCAUCCUGGCUCUGGUGUGCAAAGAGUCCGGCCAAGGCAAGCCUGACCUCCACCUCUUCCAGUGUGACGAUAUCAAGGCAAAUCUGAUCCAUGCUGAUAUUGAAAGCGCCAUGAACGAUGCCAGAAGCGGCAAGGGGAAAAAGAGGCCAGAAACCCUCAAAAUGAUCCUGAAGAGCGAUGGGCUCAUUCCCCCACCUCCUGCUGCACCCGCCCCCGAGCCCCCGGCAGCAGCCAGUCAGGUGGAUGUGAAGAGCAGAGUGGCUGCAUGGUCGGCCUGGGCCAACGAGCAGCAAGAGUAUGAGAAACAGAGGCAGUACUCGGAGGAGGACGGGCCUGUGGAGAUGACUGCAGCCAGGGUGGACCGCGACGUGCAAAUCCUGAACCACAUCCUGGACGAUAUUGAGUUCUUUGUUACCAAACUUCAGAAAGCAGCAGAGGCUUUCAAUGAGCUCUCAAAGCGGAAGAAAUUAAAAAAGGGCAAAAAGAAGAGUCCGGGAGAGGGCGUUCUAACACUACGCUCAAAGCCUCCUGAUGAGGAAGAGUUUGUUGGCUGCCUCCAGAAAUUCAAGCAUGCGUUCAAUCUGCUGGCCAGAUUGAAAGUCCACAUUCAGAACCCAAGUGCUGUGGAUCUCAUGCACUUCCUCUUCACUCCAUUAAGAAUAGUGAUCCAGGCAUCGGGUGGUUUGGAUUUAGCCAAGAGUGUUGUGGUGCCACUGCUUACCACAGAGGCUAUUGAUUUUCUGCACUCAUCAGGAACAACAGAGGAGAGGCACCUCUGGGUUACACUUGGCGACGGAUGGACCAAGUGCAGGCUGGAAUGGCCCAAAGACCAGUACUUUCCCCCCUGUCCGCUGCAGUUCCGAGACGGCUGGGCUCCUCCGGUACUGUCCCAUGCGGGCCCGUCUCGGGAGCAGGAGCUGACCCAGCUGGCGGAGACGCUAGCCCACAGUGAGAUCCAGCGGCAGGAGGAGACGGUGCACAGACUGAGCCAGCAACCGGCGGUGCCAAAUUUCUCCUCUGCAGACAGGUACGCUAUCAGCAGUGUGGCCCACAAGCGCAUGUCCCUGCUGGACCAGGACAUGGCCCUGGCUGCCUUAAAACAGGCUGUCAGCCACCACAUAGAUCGCAGAGGUCAAACCAAAAUCUUCGCCAAAUCUAAAUAUGACUUUGUGGCAAGAAACAGCAACGAGCUUUCUGUCCUCAAGGAUGAAGUUUUAGAGGUUCUGGAUGACAGGAAGCAGUGGUGGAAGGUUCAGAACGGCUGCGGGGUGUCGGGCUACGUGCCAAACAACAUCCUGGAGAUGACCAAAGCCGUGGACAUAACGGGCCGGGGCGAGCCAGUCUACAGCCAUACUAUACAGAAACAGACCACAAAGUCAGACUACAUUCCCAGCAAACCGGCAGCGACGCCAAUGCCUCCAGUGCCCUCGCCCCCGCCGGCCCCCGCCAGGCUCCCCACCCCGCCGCUGCCCCCUCCAGCUGCCGAGCCCCCCAAACCGUUGGCCGGCGGCAGCAGCACGGUGAGCCGUCAGAACAGCACCGCCUCCAGUGACAACAGCGGCGUCACCAUGAGGGAACAGUCCAGCCAGCGCCCCCUGCCUGUCAACCGCCGGAAAUCCAACAUGGAAGAGGUCCAGGAUGAGCUGAUGCACAGGCUGACUUUAGGCCGCAGUGCCCAGAAGAAGUUCCAGGUCCCGUCACGAAACAUCAGCCUGCCUUCCGCCAAUAUCACCUAUGACUCCGCGCCAGAUGAGGUCAAAGCCUGGCUUGAGGUCAAAGGCUUCAGUCCCGUCACCAUCACCAGUCUCGGGGUGCUGACGGGAGCCCAGCUGUUCUCACUCAACAAGGAGGAGCUGAAGACGGUGUGCCCAGACGAUGGAGCCCGGGUCUAUAGCCAGGUCACUGUUCAGAAGGCCGCUCUUGAGAGGAGCUCGGGCUCUGAGCUCCAGGAGAUCAUGAGGAGGCGGCAGGAGAAACUGUCCGGCAGCACGUGCGACUCGGGCGUGGAGUCUUUCGACGAGGGCAGCGCCCACUGAGCUGCUCCUGUACCGCCACUCACACACAAACCUCCCAUGUCUCUGUUGCGUUUUGUCCUUUCCCCAGGCGGCAACUGACAGGGCCGAGUUCGCUGAGAUCAUGCGUCGCAGGCAGGAACUGCUCGAGUCCUCUCCGUAAGAAGCAAAAAAAAAAAAAAAAAAAAGCCCCACUGCACCCCAACACACCUGCAAACCUUUGGAUCAUCCAGUAUGUACAAAAAAAAAAUCCUAGUUACGAAAGUGGAGAACAUUCUGCUGUGUUUGCCUGGUGUUCAUGUUGGCCGAUUUUGGAAUGAACACGAUCUACCUUUCCAGUUUGUUGUUAAUCCAAAGAAAACCUGGGGACAACAAGCCUUUCUGGGGAGCAUGUCGUCAUGCCAGGUCCACCUUACUGUUAGAACGUUUCUGGGCCUGAAAAACAAAAGGUCUCCAACAGGCAGAACAACAAAAUCAAACUACAUAGAAGACAAAUAAAUGCUGGAUAUGAUAAUUGUACACAUUCCUGGGUUACUUGGCAAAUGUAUUUUGUUAUCCACAUGUACAUCUCCCCUUUUGUAUUGUACGGCCCAUACAGUUACUCUUUCUGAUGAUACCAGAAGAGUAAUCGUCUAUAAAUGACAACAGAGAAGAACCUAAUAAGCAAAAAACGUGAAUGUAAUGAUUUUUUUUCCACAAAAUGCACAAUAACUUUAUAAUAACGUCUACUCUUAGUAUUGAGAUCCUGCAAGUAGAGAAGUUGUUUGCUACACACGUCCUUUAAGAGAAUACGGGGUUUCUGAGGUGACUUUAGAUGUGAUGAAGAGCAUUUUUGCACAGGAAAUACUUAUCUACUGUCGACAUGAAUCAGAACUCACCUCUGUUAAACGACGACUCCCUGUUGCAAUAUAGUAUUUAUGAAGGCGUUUAAACGAGAUGUGAGUCAAGCUCUGUCAGCGUUCUUUUGACAAGAUGUGUCUGCGGUCACUUUCAUUUCCUUCUUAAAGAUCAGCUUCUGCCGUCUGGCCUUCUGAGGAAUGUCAUUCCCAUCCUGGCCUAGAAACCAAAAGGAAAACCAGUGACGUGGUACUGAAUUCAGGGGGCAGCCUGGGAACCACUGCAGCCGGGAACUGAUCCCAGAUGGCCCGCACCACGGGCGACUGCACUAACCAGUCAACUACAAGGUCUGACCCGUUAGCCAAGGGCUAGCGAGUCUAGUCCUCUGUGGUCGUUACACACGUGUAGUAUCUACAUCUACCCAACAGUUCACAGGUUUGAACAUGGUAGAUGUUGUCCAUGCUUUCACAGUGGUUGAUCUCCAAGCUGGAUCCACUGCAUUAAGACGUGUUUAGAUUGUUUUUCAUGGUAGGUCAUCAUGCAAAACCCAUCAGCCAGAAGCUGUUAUGGGUGUGGAGAAGUAGUCAGAGGAUAGAAAUAGAGGAUAGACCACACAUGAGCAUUGUUACACAUAAGAGUCCUCACAGUACAUGGACUCAGCACAAAAACGACUGUUCUUUAAACCGAUGUCUGCACAGAUGCCUACAACCAUUUCACCACCAGAACGUCCAGAGGAGGGCCAGAAGGUCCUUCAGCACAGGAUUUUAUUAGUCCGUAAACGCCUAGCACCCAACGGUGUAAAAACAAGAUAAUCAACCAGUACAUUUUCUAAACUGAAUGUGUCGCGAAGUGUGUAGAUAUCUUUUGACUUCUUGGACGUUGUCCUAAAAGAUUGUAAGAGCAUAUAGAUCUAAGUAUUUAUAAAGAGGGCUGAUAGACUGGGUGAAAUUUAAAUACCGGGGAAACUUCUAUAUUCUAGGAUGACAAUAGGUCUUUUGGCAGAACAUUGUAUAAUGCUGAUUGUUGACGCUAACUAGCUGGCGGUAGAAUUGUCCACUUAGCAAUGUAUGAACAAUUGCUACUGUGUUAACGACCGAUGUUGAAGGAGUAACUUGUAGUGAGCUGUCCUCCCGAUCCCCAGACUCCCUACGUGUUCACAUAAGCUUAUGUGCGAAAUGACUGCAUUGCAAAUUGCAUUUGUAUGUGUAGAUUUCAUGGUGCCUUUUUCCACAUGAAUCUGCUAAAUCCACAAUAAACACGGUCCCAGAAUAUUUCCUCGUGUUGAUGCUUUCACUGCAGCAAAAUAAAUACAUAUUAAAUAUAUAUACUAACGUGCAUGGAUAAGUAGACACGCUGGCCGCUGGCUGGCGGAUCUGACCCUUUAGUCGAGCGGUUAGCGGUGUCCCCUGCGGUGCGGGCGAAACGGGUUCGCUUCCCGGCCGCGGCAGUUCCUGUGGUUGCGUUGUCCCCCGAAUUCACUACAAUAUGUAGAUGUAACGUAUAAAAAUACAUAAUUUAAAUAAAAGAAAUGAUGAUAAAUAAAAGCCUGUUUACAGGAACAC